AUGGCUGAUCCUGUAUGGGAUGAUGAACACCAGAGAUAUUUGCGCACACACUGGGACGAGCAGUACGGGCGCUAUUACAGAAACCACUAUGUAGAAGGAGAGGGUUGGGUAUUCUUUGACUGGCUUCCAGCUCAAGGCCAACCCACUCGCGCCGAUUCGCCGCAUGGCGUUCGAGCAGGGCCGGCUUCUACCCCGGCUGUAGAGGGGCCAGAAAUCAGAGGCACUUAUAACUAUAAACAACCCGCGCCGAACAGCCAUUUGGAAGCAUUGGACCACUCUUAUUAUGUCAGACCCAGCAGUUUCUUUACUGUUGGCAAGGUCUUCUCAGUCUUGUUCAGUGAAGCGGCUGGCUCGACAGCGACUGCAUACAACAACUCCAUCUCUAUUGUGAGAUACGGAGAGUAUGUGCACAGCCAGAUCCGACGUUUCAUCGUAGUCGGGCCCAGGUCCAGGCUUGGGUUUUGCUUCGCCGUCCCUAUCUUCACGUAUGGUGGCCAGGGCACAAAGAAACAUGGUGUAUUGCCCAGUGCACAUGCGAUUGCCUACUCCCUUGGCUCUACGCCUUCACUGUUGGAAGGCGAAAGCUCACUUAACAAGGACCCUAUCUGCAUCAUGAUGGCGCAAGGAGUACCUCCGCUAUCUCCAGCAUCACGAAUCUUCUUUGGAAUCCACCACCCUACUCAGCACAACGUCAAGGUGAAGGAGAUUGGCGACGUUCACCCUGAUCACAUUCGCAAGCUCUUGGGUUAUUGGAACACACAAAACUACUCUCCCGGCGACUAA